AUUGAAGUCAUAUGUUAACUGUAUAGUCUGGUUUACAAUUUCUCUUUUAUAAAUUUACUAAAAAUGAUAAGUUCUAUAAUAAGAAAUCUUCGUAUACAUCGCGAUUUCAGUAGUCUACGAGCUCUGGCUACUGGCGGAAAUGUUGUUAGCAAAAAUAGUAAGACUGCACCUAUGCUAAAUGAGGAACGAGAUAAAUUGUACAGUAAACUAGAAAUUGAAAUAAGAGGCGUUGAUCCAGCCGUACUAAAAAGCUAUUCCUGGUUUGCUACAACGGCUGCUAAUCAUUUAGAUAUAGAAGUCGGAAAAUGCUACUCCGCCCGUAAAGCUUCUAAAGAACGUCUAACGUUAUUGAAGUGUGUGCAUAUUUAUAAAAAACAUCGUGUCCAGUAUGAGAUACGCACUUAUUUUCGUUACAUGAAUUUUCAUAAGUUAACCGAAUCGACUUUGGAUACUUUUUUAGAAUAUAUCGAACGCAAUUUACCUGAAGGCGUUGCCCUACUUGCUACAAGAACAGAAAUCCAAGAAAUUCCCGAGCAUCUGAGGCAGCCACCAAGUUAAACAUAGUUUUCUAAUGAAUACAUCGAUGCGAGAUUAAGCGUAUAUAUCCUCAAUAAUUU